UGUGGCCUGGUCUGGAGCGCGAGGAAGAUCAGCCGUUCAACCGACGCGGAGCGGAAGUACCGUUGUUUCUGGUCGCGCUGGAGACUCGCGGAUGAACGGCCUUGACGGCGCGAUCCUCGGCUAGUCGCGGCUGGUCCGAACUAGGACAGCGAAGCGUGUGCUCCGAUAGGCGGACAGGAAGAUCGAAGAAAAUCGUCUUCCUCGGGGAGGCCUCCUCUGAACGGCAACCGCGAACCACCUGAGGCUUUUGGGUUUACGACGUUACGCAGCAGCGAAAUCCGGUUUUGCAUGGGUGUAUAUCAGGAGACCGGCAAGCCUCCUCCUCCUAAUGUCACCCCGAAGAUGGCCAGGGAUCGUGCCGGGUCGGACUACUCAGGCCACAUGAGCGACACCACCACGUGCAGCUGCGUCGCGAGCUCCAUCGACAAGUGCUCGUUACGCGGCUGCGGCAUGUUCCAAGAGCCGUUCUUUUUGCAUCCGCCGGGCUCUCGGCCGCGGGACGGUAUCUACAUAAAUCCCAUGAGCGCGUACAUCGGCGACCCGCCCAGACCCAAGGACACGGCCGAGUCCUUCUACCUGCACAGCCCGCACGAUCUCGUCUACACCAGGAUCACGCGGCUGUUCGGCGAUGCCGAGAAGCCGCGGAACGGCGUCGCGGCGGAGCAGCGCCAUAUGCCGGAGAGGAAAGACGAGACUCUGACUGUGAAAGUGGAUGUGCACAUCAACAACGGUGGAUUCGUCGGCCGACCGCAUACCGGCAACGGACAUGCGGCGCGCUCCGAGAUCGCGAGGGAGUCAUCGGAUCAUGCUUACGAGCAGAUCUGCGUGAGACAGGAGGAAACGAGCAGCGUGAGCUCGUCAUCGCGUAAAAAGCCGGCGGACAAUACCUCCGACAGCAGUCGUUCUCGAAAAACCGACAGGCGAUACAGCCGAUCCAGCAGCGCCAGCGAGUCGUCGAACAUGAGCAGCGAGGUCCACGGUCUCUCCUCGACGACGUCCACUCCGUCCUUAUCGCGGCACAGCAGCAGCGAGCGGAUCAGCAAGCCGGGAAGCAGAGCAAACGCGGAAGCACCGCACGAGAGGAAGGAGUCGUCCGGCGCGCAGGUGGAAAGUGAAAAGGAGAUCCGUACAAAUGGCAACGGCGGACCUAGUCCAUUGAAACCACCGCCGCCGCCACCGCCGCCGCCGCCGGACGACGACGUGGUGGUCGUCCUGGUGAACGCGAAGCCGAGUGCAGACCAGGGCGCCGACAAGAAAGAUGCGCGCGGAAACAGCCAGGACGGAAGGGCCGAGUCCUCUGCGACCAACAAGUCCGACGCAUCAUCCUCCGGCGAGCAUCCGCAACAGCCGGAAGUGCCGGCUACCGCCAGUGCGCCGGCGGACGCGGACGAAAUUAAAGCGAGCCAGGCGUCCCACCUGGUGAACAGGCACAUGGUGCUGCCGUUUAUACCGCCCAAGUUCGCCAACGCGGACUCCAACACCCUGCUCAAGCCGUCGGAGUACCUCAAGAGUAUCUGCAAGGUGUCGUCUAAGAACAGCCUGUCGAAGGCGAGGUCAGUGGACAACUUGGACAUCCAGAGCCGGAAUACGGAGCAGGGCGAAGAAGAGGAGGCGGAUGAAGAGGAGGAGGGGGCGCGAAGGAGCAGCGAGGAGACCAAGGGGUCUCCCACGGGCCCUCCGCCGCCGCCCCUGUCACCCUUGCAGCAGCGAGCGCGGGGGGGAAGUCAGGCCCCGGGUGCCGCCGGCGCCGGCAAUGAAACCGAGAGCUCCAAGAGCUCCCCGCAACAGCCCUUAGCCACGAUCAGCAUCCAGGACCUCACGAGUAUCCAGCUGCGACGGACCAGCACGAAGAUGAACGCCACCAAGACAUUCUCCGCUCCGCCUCCUCGCAGCGUGUCCAUGACUAACGUCUCGGAGCCGUUCUUCGUGCAAAAGACGGACCUAAUCGCCGAGUUGAAGCGCACAAAGGAUAUACCUGGCAUCAAGAAGCUGAAGGUGGAGAGGGCGCAGGUCGAGAAGACUCAAGAGCAGAACCUCAUGUCGGAAAUCAGCAAAGCGUUUAGCGUUACGAAUUUCGUUGAUCAGAUCCCCGAAAAGGACAGCUCGGGAAACGUGAUACCGAUCUGGAAGCGACAGAUGCUGGCCCGAAAAGCCGCCGAACGGGCGAAGAAGGAGCUCGAGGAACAAAUAGCUCGAGAAAACGAGGAGAGGCGGCAGAAGGCGAUUCCGCCAUGGAAGCGGCAGCUUCUCGCUAAGAAGGACAACGAUGAAAAGAGACUGAAUCAGACGCCGAUAUCCGCGUCGACGACCACAUCGACGUCGAAAUUCGAGGUAACGCCGGCAAACCCGAAGAGGGACCCCUCGCCGGCGGCGGUGCCGUGCGUCAUCAAGAAGGAAGAAAAACCCGAGGCCGAUGAGAAGCGGGAAGAUCCUGCCAAGGACGACUCCGACGACGGCCAGAUUAUACCUUGGCGGGCGCAAUUAAGGAAGACCAACAGCAAGCUUAAUAUCCUCGAUUAACUAUUGCGAAUGCUUUUUCCGUUUAUCGAGAAAAAAAAGCGCGCGUGAUGUAGGCGUGCAGUCGUUAACGCGCGGGUUUAUGUUCCAUGAAAUCUUUCCGAACUUGACGGAACAAUUGCCGCAACGUGGAAAGAGUGAAUGUGAGGAAGAAAUAUCUUGCUAGUUGAGAUAAUAAACGAAUAUACGCGAUGGUAUCACGAAAUUACACAACGGGAAGCGUGUUUUCGAUACUCUCUAAGAUUAGUACGCGAUGUUCCGAAAGGAAAAAAAAUAUUUUACACGUCGCAGAAUGUCCUCGCAAACCUCCUCGUCUGCGAUUAACGCCGUAAUGCCAAGCAUAUCCUGUUGAUUAUUGUUACGGAAAUUGGGGAAGCGGAGUGGAGUUUAAUAAUUAUUUCACGGUCGCGCAAGAACUCAAAGAACUCGUCCGCGUUUCCUUAAAAAUAUGGGGGAGGGGGAGGAAAAAUCUUGUAACGAUAUUGCUGAAAUAUUUGUUCGCAGCAAAUGUAACAGUCGUUUCGUGAAACGCGCCGAAAACGCAACUAUGUGUGUUGGAACUGUGUAAAGUUAAUUAUCAUGUGUCUUGAAUUAUACGCUACGUUGAUAUAUGUACAUACGAAUAAGUCUUAUGAUUCGUUUGCAUUGCAAAGCUUAAGAUAUAUAGCCCGUUAUCGUUUAUUAAUCGACUUUAACUUUGUUGAUUAUCGAAGAACAAAAAAAAAUGGUGUCCCUCACUGCAAUUACUGUCUCCGGCUCUGUUUCCACCGAACUCGUUGGUUCCUCGUUUACUUCGAUUCGCUUGCUUCAACGGACGUUUAAUCGCGCGGAGAUCCGCAGAGACAGUUGGUGAUCUAGGCCUAAUUAAUCGUGUCGGAGGGAACAUCAGCAGCGUGGUGAAUAUGCCUUGGUAACUACCAAUUACAGUCAUUAGAACGCUGAAGCGACAGAUCAGCGAAUUAAUGCUGACGUUGAUUAAUAACUGCAACGUCACGAUAACGCCUGGUGCGUUACAACAUAUCGCUCGGACAACAGUUAUCUUCCGCCACUUCACGAAGAUUUAUCUCUUCGUGAAAUAACGGAGCAAGGAACGCAGGCGAGAUAUUUUGAGCGUGGAAUUAUACUUAACCCCUUAACUGCGAUAUCACUGGAACGCGACUCCACGAUAGGUCACCUAAGAAAGAUGGCGUGUAUAUAACUGAUGUUUCUAUAUAAUAUUUGUAUAAUUAAUAACACGUUGAAAUUGUA